AUGAAAGUGUGCCCGACGUAUUAGAAUUUAGAACGAAGAUUGUGACCAAGUAUCUCGGUAAUUUGAAAAUCAUUGUACGCUUUCUUUCUGUUAUUCGCGCGGCAUAUCUGUAUUAGAAAACUAUCAAAAACAAUCGAACGGUUUAUGUUCAUCGAUGAAUUUUUCAGACUAUAGCUGCAACUAUUCAAAAUAGAAAUCCUAGAGUGAUGGCCAUGGCUGCGCAGUGAUUGCUGAUGCAAAUAUACAUUCUCCCUCUCUUAGCGUGCUCUCUCUCUCUCUCUCACUCUCUCUCUCUCUUUCACUCUCGGUUAGUUUGAUUCAAGGAUGAGGGAAAGAGGAAGUAGAGCUUUCUGCGGCCUGCCCCAACUCCCCAUGAAUAAUGCAGACUCGAUGUAAUUGAUCGCCCAAUCGGAAUGGCCUUUUAUUUACUUUCCUCUGCUCCGAAUCGACCAUUCGUUCCUUCGCUCGCUCGAAAGUUAUUUGACAUCAUUUACGAGCGAGGAAUGCGUUUCGCUCUCUUUCUUCCCUUUUACCCCUUACUUUUUAUCCUCCUGUCAUCCGUGUAUUUCCUUUCUUUUCUUUUUCCCUUUUCCUUCUUUUUUUUUUUUCUUCUUCUUUCGUUCGUGCGAUGAUAACGCUAAAUGAGUCUUUACCACGCGAACUCGUUUGUUAUUCAUUCGAAAAGGUAAUGGUGUGUAAAACUUGUCGUGAGUGAACGAUAAUCGCGGAGCAAUUCGCUGGAACAUCGACCGGUAUUAUACCGAGCAAUUAUCGUUGCUUUAAAUUAAAUUUAACACUUUUCCUUCCUGUUGAGCACUCUCGUGGUUACCACUUUUAGAGUUUCCUUUUAUUAAGUUUCAAUUAUACUUGUACGUUUAUACGCGUACGUUAAUACGCCCAUCCAAAAGGAAUCGAUGCCUUUCCCACGCGAUCUGAUAACUGUCGUUCAAAGACGUUCAGUUAAUCACCAUAAAGAUAUUAAAGUCGUCUGCAAAUCCGGCAUAUCUCGUGAAAAUUAUUCUGAUUCCUUUCAGAUUAAUAUUAUCAGAUUGCAUAUAUUACAAAGUGUGUAGAGAUCUGACGAUCGCGCGGGCGUGUAGUUUCAUCCUCCUGGACGGGAAAUCCCCAGGACCCUGUGUUGCCUUUACCUUCGUCAUUUUACAUGAACUUGGUUGACCACGAUCUAGAAAGACUCUGACUCGCUAGGAAAGUAGACGAGUUUCCUAGCUGGUACGUUAGGAAAUCCCUCUGGGAAGGAAUCUGUAUCCGGUUCGGGGACGUAGCCCCGUGAACAAAGAGACCGACGGAACUUCAAGGGCAAACAGAGAAAGGUUUAAGAGAUGGAAGGGGAGGGGAAUGUCGAAAGGAGAGAGAGAGAGAAAGCGCGGCUCGUAGUACGUAGGUUGCUCGAAUCCCUGAGCCAACCGUUCUUCCGUCCGAAAAGUUUCUUUCCGUCCUCGAGGACUAUAACUCGACAAAUUCAAUCUAAUGCCGGCUCGAACCGAAUCCCGUUUUAUCGAAAUUUCAGGCAACAUAAUUUCAACGGAGCCCGAGGAGGGAGCGAGUGGUCGGAGGAAACACCGGGUUGGAAGCAGAAUGGACGACGAGACGAGAUAGAAGGUAAAGGGUGUAGGUCGGUGUACUUUGGCAGCGGCCGUGGAGGAUGGCAGCAGCCACUUCCACAGAGAUAA